AUGACACUGCAGCAUAUGAUGCUCAUUGAUAGUAUCCUGACUAUGCUGGGUACAACAGUCAUGAAAGAAUAUGAAUGCCGCAUUGCUGCAAUCAAUGCAGUGAUUGCAGUCUGUGAUGCAGAAGAGGGUGCUCCCUCACAGCCUGGUGCGCUGCAAAAACGCUCUGUCGAUGCUGUUGAUACACCACCUGCUUCUUCUCUGCCUAAGAGACAAAAGUCUACCCUUUUAGAUGAGAGUGACGACAGGUUUUCUCAAGCCAUCGCUUCGGUUUGCGUCAAAUCUCAAGAAGAAAGACCAACGAUAUGCUUUAUCUGUCUUGGUAAUGCUAAACUGCCAGAAAGUGAACGCCUGAAAAUGUACAAAAAUCCCGGGUCCCUCAGCUGA